GCAAUAUACUGUAGAAGUCUUUCUGUCUUUCCUUUCUUUCUUUCCUUUCUUUCCUUUCUUUCCUUUCUCUCCUUUUUCUGUCUCCUCCUUUCUUCUUUCUUCCCUUUCUUCCGCCAUUUGUCCUCCCUGUUUACUGUCUGCUUUUGAUUUUACUCUCUUUCGCUCUCACUCUGUGUGUGUUAAUCUCUUUUUUUGUUUCUGUCUCUCUUUCUCUCUGUCUCUCUAUUUUCUUCUUGCUCUGUGUCUAGAUUUCAACUUUAAUCUGUUUUCGCAAAAUAACAAUAUAUAUAAAUAUAUUUAAAAUUAUAUAAUUUAAGAAUUGAUUUCUGUUUAAUCACCUCCUCUCUCAUCAGUGAACAUCAUUUUAAUCUUUAACACAAUCUUUCAACUCUAUACAUUUAACUCAACUGUGUUUAAGUGACAAAAAAAACGUUUUUUCUUCUUUUCAUCUAUUCUGUUCAUUUGCUUGGUUUAAUAUAUAAUGCAAACUGUUAAAGAGGCUCCAAGAGGUCCCAAAGAGAAUGGUGGCUUAAGGGACACUUCUGCAGAUGACUGGAAAUCAAGCCUUAAGAUCCCACCUAAGGACUUGAGAAAAAGGACUAGCGAUGUUACUGCCACUAAGGGCAAUGAAUUUGACGAAUUUUGUUUAAAACGUGAGCUCCUCAUGGGCAUCUUUGAAAAGGGUUGGGAUAAACCCUCACCCAUUCAAGAAGCAGCUAUUCCAAUGGCACUUCUUGGUCGUGAUAUGUUGGCUCGGGCUAAAAAUGGAACAGGUAAAACGGGUGCUUAUAUCAUCCCCAUUCUGCAAAGGAUUGAUGCUUCUCUUGAUCACAUACAAGCGUUAAUCAUUGUGCCAACCCGUGAAUUGGCCUUACAAACAAGUCAAAUUUGCAUUGAACUUGCAAAAUAUAUAAAUUGUCGAGUUAUGGUUACCACUGGUGGUACAAAUCUUAAAGAAGAUAUUAUGAGAAUCUAUGAAAAAGUUCAUGUCAUUAUCGCUACUCCUGGUCGUAUUCUCGAUUUAAUUGACAAAGAUGUUGCUAAAGUGGAUAAAUGUAAAAUGUUGGUUUUGGACGAAGCUGACAAGCUACUUUCGCAAGACUUUAACGCUAUGCUGGACUCGUUAAUUUCCUAUUGUCCCAAAGACAGGCAAAUCUUGAUGUUUUCAGCUACAUUUCCUCUCACAGUGGAAAAUUUCAUGAAAAAACAUCUUCACGAUCCAUAUGAGCUAAAUCUUAUGGAAGAGUUGACCCUUAAAGGAGUAACUCAAUAUUACGCAUUUGUCCAGGAACGUCAAAAAGUGCAUUGUCUAAACACUUUAUUUUCAAAGUUACAGAUCAACCAAUCCAUCAUAUUCUGUAAUUCAACCCAAAGAGUUGAACUUUUGGCAAAAAAGAUUGCUGAACUUGGGUAUUCAUGUUACUACAUUCAUGCGAAAAUGUCUCAACCUCAUCGUAAUAGAGUAUUUCAUGACUUUAGAAGCGGUCUCUGCCGUAAUCUGGUCUGCUCUGAUCUUUUCACUCGUGGUAUCGACAUUCAAGCAGUGAACGUGGUGAUCAACUUUGAUUUUCCUAAAAUGGCAGAAACAUAUUUACAUAGAAUCGGAAGAUCGGGACGAUACGGACACAUGGGUAUUGCUAUUAACUUAAUCACAUACGAAGAUCGAUUCAAUCUUCACCGAAUUGAACAGGAACUGGGAACCGACAUCAAACCCAUCCCCAAAGUCAUUGACAAAUCUUUAUAUGUUCCAGAGUUUCAGAUGGAAGACACUGAAAACGAAGAGAAUGACUUCAAUUCCACGAAAACGAAGUAAAAAAACUACAAAUUCUUUUCGAUCAUCCUUUGGUCGAGAAUCUCCUUAUUCCCUCUUUCACCUUCUCUCUUUGACAUUGUCCCUCUCUAUCUCUCACCAUCUCUUUCUCUCUCUCUCUCUUUCUGCUCUCUCUUGAGCAAAAAUUUGUAUUCAUUUCUUUUUCUAUCCUAUGGAAUAUUUGAUUUCCUGUUUAACAACAGACAAAAACAUCAAGCAGCAACAAACAACAUACCCGCUCCUGGAAACAGAAUUUCUAUUCCUUAGGAGCUCAGUUGACAGGAAGUUGUACCUUCAUGACACUGGACUCUUUAGGGGAUUACCUUAAAACACAAAAAACAAUUCCUAGUUUUCAACCUUAUAGAUAUAUAUAUAUAUGUAUAAAAAAAUCUCAAUCUUUCCCGUCUGGCUCUGGCAAGUCCUGUUUCCCUUCGAAUUUCGGUCGGUUUCCUAUAAAGUUAGUCUAAUUCAUUAAAAAUGUCUUGGCUUUCUUCCCAUUUCCCACACUGACCCGCCCAACCUCCGUCAACGUUAUAAAACUUUCUUUUGAAAGGCCUAGUUUGGAUAUCAAAUCAACAACCCCAUCAAAUCUGUACUCUGUCCCCUUAAAUCUCUGUCACAACAACAAACAAAAAAAAUCCUGGAUGUUACAAAGUACCCAAACCUCCAAAUUUCCGGUUUAUUUGUACUUUAUCAGAAUUGUUUUGCCGUAAUAAACCAAUACUUUGUAACUUCCAAAAAAAAA